GCCACGGUGCAGAUGCUCUACGCAACGUGCCGUGUAUUUUCAUCGCGACUAGAUGUAAAUAAAUAUGAAUUUUUUAAAUAAAAGACUAUUGACGCUCGUGAGGACUGUCGAGAAACCAAAGUACACGCAUCUCCGAGAUGCAUUAAAGCAAUACACAACCAAAGUGGUGGAUGCGACUCCCAAAGUUGCGGAUGCUGCUGCAGUGCCUAAAGUCGAGGAGGAGGAACUGAAAGGCAUGAAAAGAAUAGUUAAAUUUUGGAAAAACGUUUAUAGGGACUACAAAGAUGUUGCAAUAGAUGUUUAUACUGAAUGCAAAGAAAAACCUCUUAAAUUACUAACAUAUCUUACUGUUGGAACUAGUCUGACAUACUGUGCGCAACACAAUCCUGAUGAGAGAUGUUUCAAAGAGCAGCUUGUUCGCUCUGAAGAAAAACUUCUUUCACUUGGAGAACCCUUGAGAAAUCCAUCGAGCGUCUACUAUGUCAAAUGGCUGCAUCAAUCUGAAAAUGAAGGAACGAUACGAGUAUUGAAUUGUAUAUUCUUUUCGUUGCUUUGGUUAGAUAAUUACGAUCAGAGGGUAGCAGUGUACAAAGCUCAGUGUGAUGCUUUGCAGCCAGGUUUGUUAGACUUUCAUAAAAGGAUUAUUGACAUUGGCUUCCUUGAUUACUGGUGGGUUUUAGAGAAUAGCAUGAUAGAUUAUGACAUAAACAAUGAUAAUUUACCUCAAGAACUACCACAAAAGAAUGAAAAAGAAGAAGAGAAAGAGUAAUCAAUUUGUAUAAUAAAGUUUAGAUUGUUAUUAUUGUUACUUCAUAUCUUUAAUGUCCUAAAUCACUUGUAAUUAUAGAAACAAAUUUGUUGUUAUGUAGAACGUUUAUGAAGUGCAGCUGGAUAGUCAAUUAUGAUUGUACAUACAUACAAAAACAUCAAAAAACAAUAAAAUUAUUUAAUUUUAAA